GCAACUUCUCUACCCUAGGCGUCUCUGUCAGCCCACUCCGAUUUGGGCCGCCACCACUAGUGAUGGCCCAUCACCGCCGCCGCCUCCUCCACUCUCCCUCCAUCCAUUUACCACCCCACCCCGCCGCCGCCCUCCUCUUCUCUCCCCUGAGCCUGACUGGAACCUUCCCGAGAGAGGAUACAAAGGCACCCGGAUCGAGGAAACCAAUCCAUUCCAUUCCACACAAGGCUAGGCACAAGCGAACCAAACCCAUGGCGUCCGACGGCAGCGGCGUGGUGACGGUGUACGGCAGCAACGGCGCGGAGCUGCUGGAGCCGUCCAAGCAGCCCAAGUCGGCGACUUUCUCCGUCAAGGUGGGGCUGGCGCAGAUGCUCCGGGGCGGGGUCAUCAUGGACGUGGUGACCCCGGAGCAGGCGCGCCUCGCGGAGGAGGCCGGCGCGUGCGCCGUGAUGGCGCUGGAGCGGGUCCCCGCCGACAUCCGCGCGCAGGGCGGCGUGGCGCGCAUGUCGGACCCGGGCCUCAUCCGCGACAUCAAGCGCGCCGUCACCAUCCCGGUCAUGGCCAAGGCCCGCAUCGGGCACUUCGUGGAGGCCCAGAUCCUGGAGGCCGUGGGCGUCGACUACGUGGACGAGAGCGAGGUGCUGACCCCCGCCGACGACGCGCACCACAUCAACAAGCACAACUUCCGCGUCCCCUUCGUCUGCGGCUGCCGCGACCUCGGCGAGGCGCUCCGCAGGGUGCGCGAGGGCGCCGCCAUGAUCCGCACCAAGGGGGAGGCCGGCACGGGCAACGUCGUCGAGGCCGUGCGCCACGUGCGCUCCGUCAUGGGCGACGUCCGCGCGCUCCGCAGCAUGGACGACGACGAGGUCUUCGCCUACGCCAAGCGCAUCGCCGCGCCCUACGACCUCGUCAUGCAGACCAAGCAGCUGGGCCGCCUCCCCGUCGUGCAGUUCGCCGCGGGGGGUGUCGCCACGCCCGCCGACGCCGCGCUCAUGAUGCAGCUCGGAUGCGACGGCGUCUUCGUCGGCUCGGGCAUCUUCAAGAGCGGCGACCCCGCGCGCCGCGCCCGCGCCAUCGUCCAGGCAGUCACCCACUACAGCGACCCCACCAUCCUGGCCGACGUCAGCACGGGGCUCGGGGAGGCCAUGGUCGGCAUCAACCUCAACGACCCCAAGGUGGAACGAUACGCCGCCAGAUCCGAGUGAACCCUUUCUUUCCGUAGUCAUCUCCAUCCAUCUGCCUUGGAUUGCAUUUCCGUCGUCUCAUGUCUCUCAAUCAGUAAUAAUGGAAUGAAUGAAAUGGUAAGAAACAAAGCUAUGGUACUAUGCAGAACCUCUUUAAUUUUGUGCUACUGUACUAAGUUAGCCUAGUCCCCCCCACCCUGGAUUAUCAUGUACUCAAAUGUUGGAUGGAUUGUAUGUCUGUCACUGAGCCAGACCUUAUUGCUAUGAACGAUGAAUCAAUCCUCUUUCUCGAGGCU